GCCAGGGCCCGGGCCUGUAGCCGGAGCAGCAGCAGCAGCAGCAGCAGCAGCAGCAGCAGCUCGGCGGCGCCGGCAUCGUCCUAACUUGCACGCGCGGAGUGACCCCAGACAUUUCCCUAAAAUGAGCGUGCUUAGCAGGAAGAGAUGUGUUCCUUACACUAGAAAUCACCCCGUCACAUGUAGUGGUGUCCCAAUUAAUGGAUUCUGACAUGGAUUAUGAAAGGCCAAACGUAGAGACCAUCAAGUGCGUGGUGGUGGGGGACAACGCUGUGGGCAAGACCAGGCUCAUCUGUGCCCGGGCCUGCAAUGCCACCCUCACCCAGUACCAGCUGCUCGCCACCCAUGUGCCCACGGUUUGGGCCAUCGACCAGUAUCGGGUGUGCCAGGAGGUUCUGGAACGCUCCCGAGAUGUGGUAGACGACGUCAGUGUCUCCCUGCGCCUCUGGGAUACCUUUGGAGACCACCACAAAGACCGGCGCUUUGCUUAUGGGAGGUCCGACGUGGUGGUUCUGUGCUUCUCCAUUGCCAACCCCAACUCCCUUCACCAUGUCAAGACCAUGUGGUACCCCGAGAUCAAGCACUUCUGCCCCCGGGCACCUGUCAUCUUGGUGGGCUGCCAGCUGGACCUGCGCUACGCCGACCUGGAGGCCGUCAAUAGGGCCCGGCGACCCUUGGCUCGGCCCAUCAAGCCCAAUGAGAUUCUUCCCCCUGAGAAGGGAAGGGAGGUGGCCAAGGAGCUGGGCAUCCCCUACUAUGAGACCAGCGUGGUGGCCCAGUUCGGCAUCAAGGACGUCUUCGACAACGCCAUCCGCGCAGCCCUCAUCUCCCGCCGCCACCUGCAGUUCUGGAAGUCCCACCUCCGCAAUGUGCAGCGGCCUCUGCUGCAGGCACCCUUCCUACCCCCCAAGCCGCCUCCCCCCAUCAUUGUGGUGCCCGACCCCCCCUCCAGCAGUGAGGAGUGCCCCGCCCACCUCCUGGAGGACCCGCUGUGUGCGGACGUCAUUCUGGUGCUGCAGGAGCGGGUGCGCAUCUUUGCCCACAAGAUCUACCUCUCCACGUCCUCCUCCAAGUUCUACGACCUGUUCCUCAUGGACCUGAGUGACGGGGAGCUGGGGGGCCCCUCGGGGCCUGGGGGCCCCCGCCCAGAGGACAACCGGGCUCACCCUGACCCACACCACCACCAUCACCACCACCACGGCCGGGACUUCCUGCUCCGGGCCGCCAGCUUUGACGUGUGCGAGAGCGUGGAGGACGGUGCGGGCUCGGGCCCCGCUGGGCUCCGGGCCUCCACCAGCGACGGGAUCUUACGGGGCAACGGAUCAGGGUACCUGCCUGGGAGAGGCCGCGUGCUGUCUUCCUGGAGCCGAGCUUUUUUGAGCAUCCAGGAGGAGAUGGCAGAGGACCCACUGACCUACAAAUCCAGGCUGAUGGUGGUGGUGAAAAUGGACAGUUCCAUCCAGCCGGGGCCUUUCCGGGCGGUUCUCAAGUACCUGUACACGGGGGAGCUGGACGAGAAGGAGCGGGACCUCAUGCACAUCGCCCACAUCGCCGAGCUGCUUGAGGUCUUUGAUCUGCGCAUGAUGGUGGCCAACAUUCUCAACAACGAGGCCUUCAUGAACCAGGAGAUCACCAAGGCCUUCCACGUCCGCCGGACCAACCGGGUGAAGGAGUGCUUGGCAAAGGGCACCUUCUCAGAUGUGACCUUCAUCCUGGAUGACGGCACCAUCAGCGCCCACAAGCCCCUGUUGAUUUCCAGCUGCGACUGGAUGGCUGCCAUGUUUGGGGGGCCGUUUGUGGAGAGUUCCACCCGGGAGGUGGUGUUUCCGCACACGAGCAGGAGCUGCAUGCGGGCGGUGCUGGAGUACCUGUACACCGGCAUGUUCACCUCCAGCCCCGACCUGGACGACAUGAAGCUCAUCAUCCUGGCCAACCGCCUCUGCCUGCCGCACCUGGUAGCCCUCACAGAGCAGUACACCGUGACCGGGCUGAUGGAAGCAACUCAGAUGAUGGUGGACAUCGAUGGGGACGUCCUUGUGUUCCUGGAACUGGCUCAGUUCCACUGUGCGUACCAGUUGGCAGACUGGUGUCUCCAUCACAUCUGCACCAACUACAACAACGUGUGCCGCAAGUUCCCCCGAGACAUGAAGGCCAUGUCCCCAGAAAACCAGGAGUAUUUUGAGAAGCACCGCUGGCCGCCCGUGUGGUACCUGAAGGAGGAGGAUCACUACCAGCGGGCCCGGAAGGAGCGGGAGAAGGAGGACUAUCUCCACCUGAAGCGGCAGCCCAAGCGGCGGUGGCUGUUCUGGAACAGUCCCUCCUCCCCGUCGUCCCCUGCGGCCUCCUCGGCAUCCCCAUCUUCCUCCUCGGCCUUGGUCUGAGAUGCUGCCGCCCUCUUCUGACUCUGCUGCUCUUGUGCCCACCUGCCCUUGCCCCUCCGCUCUCUGCAUCGCCCCCUCCACCUCCCAGGGACAAGGGGACCCACAUAACCAGGACCCUAAGGGCGGGACUGUUCUCACCAGCCACCAGCUCAGCCAGAGAGGAGCCGGGCCUCAUGGGUCAGAACAGGGACCCCCUUCGGAGGCCCCCAGUUCUGAAACAGGGCGGGGGACAGCUCCUGGGAGGUGGGAGCAGGGGACAGCUCCUGAGAGUGCUGACAUCCUGUCUCUGGGCUGGACAACCCUAGAGUCAGGGGGAAACUCCCAGCCAUGAGAGCUGUGGUCUGUGGAGGCAGCCCCCUCCCCGUGAGUGCAGUGCACAGGGAGGUCCUGCCUCUAUGGGCCAUAGUUUUCCACCAGUGGGCUUGGUGGUUGCAAAUGUUUUGUGGGCAUUUCCACGCGGAGCCUACUCAAAUCCUCACCGGAGAAGUCAGGGUAGACAAGCCUUCAGGGCCCCGCCCAAGCUUCCACGUCCUGGGUGCAGCUGCCGGAGGCCACACCUUCCACCUUCCGGGGUGCCUCCGGCCGCCAGCAGCCAGGCCUGGUAACGGGAAAUGGAGUUGUUCCGAGCUCCAGGCCUAAAAGCAGGGUCUCCUGGUGCAGUGAGAAACUUCUCCCUCCACUCUCCUUCACACUCCAGAUGGGAGCCAAAGGAAACAGCUAGAACAGGGGAAGAAGGAAGCGGGUGGAGGGGGUCUGGACGCAGCAAUCCUGGGCUCCUCUAGUUCGCAUGGCUUCUUACGGGGUGGGGCAAAAUUAGCAAAAAAAGAAAAAGCAACAAA